ACGAGUGUGGGGAGUGCGUGCGCGCGGGGCUCUGACCUUGGCCGCUGGGGCGGGGCCGGGGGCCUGUGCCCCGCGUCGCCGCCCGGCAGAGGGGGCAGCGGCUCGAGAACUUGUUCAACUUGGCUGUGCGCGCUGGGGCGGUCCCGGCGCCUCCGCCCCCUUCGGGCCUCCGCCUCCUUGAAGCCUCCUCCCCCGGGUCCUCCUCCCUGCCUGCGCCGCCGCCGCCGCCGGUGCCGAUGCGCUCGCCGCCGUGUCCCGCAGCCGCGCAGUAGCCAGCAGUCUCGCAGCCCCCGCGCGCUCAAGUCGCUGAGCCGCGCUGCCGGACGGGGCCAGGCCGGGCCGAGGCGAGCCGGGCCGGGCUGGGCUGGGCGUGCCCCGGGCCCCGCCACGGGCAUGGGCGCGCCGGCCCGGGCGCUGCUGCUGCCGCUGCUGGCCCAGUGGCUUCUGCGCGCAGUCCCGGUUCUGGCCCCCGCGCCCUUCACGUUGCCGCUCCGGGUGGCUACGGCCACGGGUGGCGGAGCUGCGCCCAGCCCCCGACCCGGGACUCCUGCCGCGCCCCGGGCCGACGGCCUGGCGCUCGCCCUGGAGCCCGCGGGGGGCGCCGCUAACUUCUUGGCCAUGGUGGACAACCUGCAGGGUGACUCCGGCCGCGGCUACUACCUGGAGAUGCUGCUCGGGACUCCCCCGCAGAAGCUGCAGAUCCUCGUGGACACGGGCAGCAGUAACUUCGCCGUGGCAGGGGCCCCGCAUCCCUACGUGGACUCCUACUUUGAGGCGGACAGGUCCAGCACGUACCGCCCUAGGGGCAUUGACGUCACCGUGAGGUACACGCAGGGCAGCUGGACGGGCAGCCUAGGCGAGGACCUUGUCUCCAUCCCAAAGGGCUUCAACACGUCCCUCCUCGUCAACGUCGCUACGAUUUUUGAGUCGGAGAAUUUCUUUCUGCCGGGGAUCAAGUGGAACGGAAUACUUGGUCUUGCCUACGCCACGCUGGCCAAG